AUGGGUUCCUCCGAUAAUUCGUCGACGACGAAUGCGCCAACGACCCCUUCCCUCCCGGCGGACUUCUCGACAACGCCGCACGUUGUCGACUUGAGCGCGGUGCCGAUUUUCAACGGGGAGCAUUUCUCCUCGUGGCGUUUCAAGCUCAAGGUGUAUAUGAUGGAGCGCGACUUGUGGGGCUUCUUCGAUGGGUCGGCAUCGAAGCCCACGUCGGACGCUUUAACCGCGGAGAAGGAAGCGUGGGUGCGUAAGGACAAAAAGGCGUUUGCCUUUCUUGUCUCCAAGCUAAGCCUCCAACUCGUCCCGAUCGUGAGUCCGUGCAUCGACCGUGACGGCGCGACUCGUGAAGCGUGGAAGCGACUCGAAGGAGAGCACGUCUCCAAGUCGCUUCAUAGCAAGCUUCAAGCGCGCCUCGACUUCUUCACGGUGCGGAUGAGGGACGGCGAGUCAAUGCGCGCGUACGUCAACCGCGUGGAGGAGCUUGGCGAGCGCUUGGUGGAACUCGACGCGAGCGUGGAGGACAACGAUUGGAUCAUGACGCUCCUCGCGGGCCUCGGUGAAGCGUGGUCAACCGUGAUCACGAUGUUGGAUGGGACGCAAGACACGUGGAAGAAGGAGCAAGUGGUGGCACGCCUCAUCAACGAAGAGGCGAGGCGCACGAAAUUGCAUGGCGAUGCAAUUGGCGCGGCACACUUCUCUCGCGAUGUGAAGGCGAAAGGGACGAGUCACUUCAAGCGGCGCAACGACGGCAACAACCGCGGGAGCUCGAGCGGGAGCGCGGCGGCCUCAAGCUCAUCACGAGGAGGACCGGCCAACGCCAAUCGAGCUCGGACGCGCGACGGAGCUUGUCGUUUUUGCAAGAAGACCGGACAUUGGUGGCGCGAAUGUCCCGUCAAGCCGGCAAAUUGGAAGCCGUCAAGCGACGACAACCGGCGUGCGCAUUUGGCGACAUGCGACAACAACGACCGGGAGUUCGUAUUCGUCGCAAGUGGAACGAGCGUCGGUGGUGUUGACGCGUGGAUACUCGAUACGGGUGCUACUCAACAUAUGAUGGCGUGUGCGACGCUUCUCAACAACGUGACAACGGAGGCUCCCGUUAAGCGCGUGAUGUUCGGCAACCGUGACACGUUGGACGUCACGGGACAAGGCGACUUGCGGCUCAUGGUGGACGGCGGUCCACUCACCAUCAAGAACGUCUUGGUGGUUCCCGGGCUCGGCGCCAACCUCCUCUCCGUUUCUCAACUCACACGCAAGGGGAUGCGUGUGAACAUCGAAGGGACCAUGAUGGCGUUGAGUGCGGCGGAUGGCGUACACAUCGGCACGGCACGCCAAACGGGAGGACUCUUCAUGCUCGAUGCCCUCCCAAGUGUGGCGACGGCUCAAGCGGCUACCUCGACAACCACUCUCAAAACGUGGCAUAAUCGAUUUGGCCACCUCCACUACGACGCUAUUCAAGCUAUGGCAACGAAGGGGAUUGUCAACGGCUUGGAGUUUGUGCGCUCGAGUGGAGAUGAUGAGAAGUGUGUCGGUUGCCUUGAAGGGAAAAUGGCACGGAAGCCAUUUCCACCAAGCACGAAGCCGAACGCCACCGAACCUCUCAAGCUCGUUCACACGGACUUGUGUGGACCGAUCACUCCCGCGUCAAAGGGCGGCGCGCGCUACGUUCUCACGCUCCUCGACGACGCGACGCGGAUGUGUUGGAUUCGGCUUCUCAAGACCAAGGACGCCACGUCAACCGCCAUCAAGCAAUGGGUCGCGGAUGUGGAGACGGAAAGCGGCUUCAAGGUGAAGCGCUUUCGCUCGGAUGGAGGUGGCGAAUACACCGCUCGGGAGCUCGGCGAUUGGUUGAAAGGGCGUGGGACCGCGCAUGAGUUCUCGACGCCGUACACGCCUCAACAAAAUGGAGCCGCCGAACGCUUGAAUCGCACGCUUAUGGAGUCGGCACGAAGUCUCCUCUCCCAUGCUCACGCGGAGAAGCAUUGGUGGGGAGAGGCGGUUACGUUGGCAACUUGGAUUCGCAACCGGUGCGUGACCAAGGCGUUGCCCAACAAGACGCCUCUUGAGGCUUGGAGCGGUACGAAGCCGGACGUCACCGACCUUCGCACGUUUGGGUGUACGUGCUACUACCAUGUCCCGGAUGCUACACGGACCAAGCUUGAGGCGAAGGCGCGGGUGGCGAUGUACUUGGGUCCAAGCGCGGAUCACAAGGGGUGGCGCGUGUGGGACUUGGAGCACGGGAAACUCGUGGUGUCGCGCGACGUGGUGUUCUACGAAGACACCUUCCCCUCCAAGUCUACGAACGUGCCCUCGGUCAUCAUCGUCCCUCCACCCUUGGAUGCCGCGGAUGAGGCGGAUGACGCUCCUACGGCUCCUCCUCCUAGUGCGAGUGAGGGGGAGAAUGGGGCGGGUGCGGUUGGAGUGAGUGAGGAUGAAGGAAAUGCCAAGGAACGUGACCCUCCAUCUCCUCCUCCUCGUAUCACUCCCACCCUCGCAUCCACUCGCACUCGAAGGAACCCUCAUCCCAACUCCAAGUUCGAUGACUACUCACUCGUGGCGGGGGACGAUGAGGGAGGGGGAGACGCUAUGUGUCUUGAGGCGUACACCGACACCCCGUCCACCUACCACGGCGCCAUGAGCUCGGCGGAAGCGGCGGAAUGGGAGCGCGCGCUUCAAGAGGAGUACGAUUCACUCAUGGCGAACGACGUCUACGAGCUUCUCGUUGAAGACAACGAAGUCGAGCUUCGUUACAUCAAGACCAACUCCCAACCCGCGGACUUCCUUACCAAGCCAUUGCCUAGAGAUGCUCUUCAUGCAUGUUGUGCUAGGGUAGGCUUGCAUGCUUAG